AUGGAAGAGAAUGACGAUGAGCAAGUUCUACCAGCUAAAGCUACCAAUGAAGAUAUAGCUAAAGUCUUAGGUGAUCAAGAAUCGGUCGAAGAUGAAGAAGGAGCAAAUGAUGAUGUAUUCGUUCAUUUAAAAUCCUCGUCAAUCAUAUCAAUUUUGGUCAUUGUUAUGAUCACUCUUGUUUGCAUAUUAGCAACAGGUUUAUUAAUCAAUACGAUUCUUCGAACACAUAGCAUUACUCGUACAUUAUCGAUGUAUUUCGGUUUUAAAACAAAUCGUACGAUCGACGAAACGAUAUUAACAUUUUGGGAACCGAAAAGUAUCUCCAAUAAACAACCAAUAGAAACAACUACUACGACCACCAUCAUUAGUUCUUCUUCAUCUUCGCGUCCUCCUCAAUAUAUCUUAAGUACUCGAGAAAAAAAAGCUCAAAUCAUCUUUCGGAAUUUUAUUCUUCCAGCGCUAUUUCUGCUAUCUAUGCUCUGUGGUAUUUUCGCUUUUUAUAUGCGUCGUCAUCAUCAGUACUAUCCUGCUUGGGGUGCUCGACCACGAAUACCUGAACGGUAUAUCACUCUCGAACUCAGACCUCCGAAAACUGGCGCUCACUAA